AUGGAGGAGUCUGAGGAGCUGGUCGACGAUGAGAAGAGGGGCGACGACCUAGACAGGAAAGCUGUGGUGGCAGGGCUGACGUGCCUGGCGGCCAUUACGGCGACGUGGCGCGCUCGUGCUAAGAUGGUCCGAUUGGGCGGGGUCCCUGUCAGUGCUAGAGCUAGAGGAAGGAGAGGAAGGGGUUGA